AUGUCCGUCACGCUGCACUCCGACCUCGGUGAUCUGAAGAUCGAGCUGUUCUGCGAGAGCGUGCCCAAGACCGCCGAGAACUUCCUCGCCCUGUGCGCCUCCGGCCAGUACGACGCCUCGCCCUUCCACCGCCUGAUCCCCUCCUUCAUGGUGCAGACCGGCAGCCCCGCCACCGACCCCAAGUCCAAGAGCUCCGUCUCCGUCUUCACCACCCCGGACCGCCUGUUCGAGGACGAGAUCAGGCCCGCCUUGCGCCACAAUGCCCGCGGCAUCGUAAGCAUGGCAAACAAGGGGCCCGACACCAACGGCAGCCAGUUCUUCAUCUGCUUUGCCCCAGCCCCCCAUCUGGAUGGCAAGAACACCGUCUUCGGCCGCCUCAUUGAGGGUGACGAUGUGCUGGACCAGCUGGAGGGCCUGGAUGUCGACAAGAAAGGUCGCCCGAAGCAGCGCGUCACCAUCAAGAACGUGACCAUCCACGCGAAUCCUUUGGCUGGAUGA